CGGGCAACGACCACUGUACUACUGGGUACCCAGUCACAUAACUACGGGACCCUCCAGAGCCUUACCAGUGAGAACAAUGUUCCGUCUCUCAGUACACUCUGCAAAUCGAGUUCCCCAUACGCAUGGAUCCACCGAAGGUAUGAAGAUGUUUAUGCAUUCAUACGCGGUUGAAGGUAUGAGCUGCAGCGAACGGUAUCACUGGCGACCAUGCGCAUUUCAUUCAUUUGCAGGAUUUUCGGUAAGGACAGUAAGCAAUACGAUGGAUGGUGUGGACAUAUGCUCUACAGUGCUUGCUGGUUCUACUUACGUUCCGUACUAUUACAUGAUGAAUCGUCUGUGCGACAAGAGAAAAUUCAUGGCCUUUGAGGGUACGAUGCACGACCCCUGGUGGACAACGGACGAAAUGGAAAGUUAUGAAUACGGAGCAGUAAACAGAGUCCGUUGUAAAUGCGAAGAGAAAGAUCAUGCGAACACCGAGUCCAUGAUGCGUGUGCAGAGGUGGUUUGUAGGGACAGUGGCCAGAGUCGAUAUCGAUAAUUUACUUGAGCUUGCAUUGCCGACUUGCGGCACGGGAAGGAAAUGCUGAGGAGGUACCGGUCUUGAUACGUUUAACUUGAUGAUGCGAGAGAUGAGCGACAAUAAUUUGAGCGUGAUUGCAGCGGAAGAUGAAUAUGUGAUUAUCCGAAUUUUCAAGGAGAUGAUGUACUGCAUGUUGAUGACCGUUGAUUCGUGCGUGAGAUGCCGCUGGAUAUAUGUCCGAAAGAAUAUUGGUGAGAGUCGGCCGGACAACAUCAUGCGCUUUCAAUAACCGUAGUAUGCGCG